AUAGUGAGUUUGACACCCCUGUUGCUUUAGACAUACAAAAAAAAAAAAAAAUCUUGUGCUUUUAUUUCGAAGGUAAAAUCCCCGUGCACUUCCGGUGUGGUCUGUGCUACCUGCGCGUGACUUGACGCAGGCAGCUCGUCUGUAGCUGCUGCUGGCUGCUGCAGGCGUGCUAUUUGCGGCAGCGGAGAGACCUCUGCGAAAUGCCUUUUGUAUUCCCGGGUGUUUUUUUUUGGUUUAGUUUUGUGUUUCGCGAGGGUCAGCUCUCAGUGUUUGUAGCCAUGCUCUGUGGUGGAUUCAGCGGGCUGUCCUAGCUGACUGAGCCGCUCCAGCAGCGGUGGGUCCGGUGCAGUGCACAGCCGGGGAUGAGGCCUACUUGUUAAAGCUCCCCCACCACCCCUCCAUCGCGAUGGCUGAUGAUCAACAACAACCUGGUCAGAAGCCUGCCUCGGGAUUAGGCUCUCUUCCAGCGCUGGUGCCAGGACUCCAGGGGCCCGAGGCUAACGCGUUACAGUUCAAAAUAAAGAAUUCAAUUUGCAAAUCUGUACAAUCAAAAGUGGACAGCAUAUUGCAAGAUGUUGAGAAGUUUACAGACAUCGAAAAACUCUACCUCUACCUUAAGUUGCCUUCUGGUCCCAGCAGUGGCAAUGAUAAAAGGACUGAGAAUGAGAGGGGGUCCUCCACUCCUGGAUUAUGUGAUCAGAGUUCCAUGUCGUCAAGCCGUACUCAACAGAUGUAUGCUUUCAACUGGAUACGGAAUCACCUAGAAGAGCACCCAGAGACUUCCCUCCCAAAGCAAGAGGUGUAUGAUGAAUACAAGAGCUAUUGUGACAAUCUCGGCUACAAUCCACUGAGUGCAGCAGACUUUGGGAAGAUCAUGAAGAAUGUCUUUCCUAACAUGAAGGCACGUCGACUGGGCAUGAGGGGCAAAUCCAAAUACUGUUAUAGCGGGAUAAGGAAGAAAGCUUUUGUUCACAUGCCAUCCUUACCCAACCUGGAUCUGCAGAAAUCUGGUGAUGGGUGUGAGCUGAUGGAGCCGACGGGCCAGUCCCCGAGCGCUGAAGAUGAAAUGAGAUCUGCAGCCUGUGGACUGGUGUGUGAGUGGGCCCAAAAGGUCCUGAGUCGUCAGUUUGACAACGUGGAGGACCUGGCCCGCUUCUUGCUCAAUAGCCACUACAUUGGUACUAAGUCCAUGGCUGCACUCACUGUUAUGACCGGAACACCCACAGGAAUGAAGACGCCAACUCCAGCCUCCGCAUUUGUGCCAACAGCUGAGACAAACUCUUUCCAGCCCCAGGUGAAGACCCUGCCCUCUCCCUCUGUUGAUGCAAAGCAGCAAUUGCAGCGUAAGAUCCAGAAGAAGCAGCAGGAGCAGAAGCUCCACUCACCCCUGCCCAGCGAGACCCAAGUCAAGAGAACGGAGGCCAGUACCCCUGGCCCUACCAUCCCCUGUGGCAGCCCUGCUCUGCUGUCCCCUCAGCCCACCAUAGGCAUCGUGGUAGCAGCUGUCCCCAGCCCAGUCACGGUACAGAGAGGCAGGCAGUUGAUGACCUCACCCAGCCCUGUUGGGACAACAGAGGGAAAAGUGUUGCCUGUAAACUUCCAAGUAGUCACUCAGUCUCUUAAACAGUCCCCCAAAACUCCCCAGAACAUCUCAGCUAGUCCUGUGGGUGACCGGCUGGCACGACACGGUACGCGGUACGCACAAAUUCUGCCCAAACCCUCUGCCACCAGUGCCAUCACACUGCGCUCACCCCCCACCCUGCUCAUCACCAACAGCCCCAUAAAAACUGUGAUGCCAACUCCCCACGUCAGCUCAGUCAACGUGGUGAAGAUGACGGCCAUUGCUCUGGCUCCCAGCAGCAGCAGCACAACCGUGCGUCCUGCCUCAGCGGGUGUGAAUACCAUAGCAGCUUCGGACGACUCCCAGCAGUCACAAGGUGGGAGCUCGGCUGCCCCUCAGUCUCCUGCAAUCAGACCCAGUGCCCCUGUCUCCACCCCAGUCCUCUCCACUGACACCAAAGUGGUGUCUGAAGCUGGAAAUGACAAUAACUCCACCCAUGGCACAGAGAAAACUGCUGCUGGGGCCAAAGAGGAGAGAAUGGCUAAGUUCAGGGCUGCCAGUGAGCCAAGCUUCCUGAUAAAGUGCUCUCCCGGACCAGACAAAGGGGGAAGGAUAAAAAGUGACCCCACAUCCCCUCCCAUCUCGGUAGCUGUGGCUGGGACUCAGGACAGCAAUAACAGUAACUGCCAUGACAGUACUUUGUACUUGACUGUUGAUAAUCAGAACUCGAAUAGCAACACGUCAUCCAAUGGCUCCUCCGCUGUUACCACAACAUCGAAGGAUCCCUGCCUAGAUGCCAAGAGCCCCAGGAAGCGCACAGGCCCAGGCGGAGAGUCCCAUGUGAUUCCUGUAAAGAGGGUGUUUAUCUCCCAGCAGCCACUAGCUGUAGUUGACAAUCCCAAACCUGGAGUCAGUGCUGCAUUAAAGAGGAUCCCCAGACCGGGAACCCCUGCCAGACCAGAGAGUGCCCCCUGCAAAGUGACUGUGAAACACACCUCCAUAGGGCCCACACAGAUUCUUGCACUCUCUGACUCGCCCAUCACACACACUGAGGGCUCCCAGACUGUUGUCAAACCCCAGGCGUUGGUGGUGAAACGUGAAGACCAUUCUCUCAGCACUGACACCAGCACCGGAGCAGCUGGAAACAACACGUCGGAUCAGGCGUUGCUUCGGCAGAUCACCGGGGACCCUCAUGCCAUACCAGCCAACUCAGGAGCACACGAAGCCUCUGUGAUGAGUGACUUAAAGAGCACAAUAUGGGAGGAGGGACAGCUUGACGAACUUCGGAAGCAGGCGUUUGCGCAGCAGAUACCAGCAGAACACAAACAAGCCCCUACUGACCAGCUUUCCAUUAUAGCUCAACCCUCCGAGGCCUCGGGCCAGCUCACCCUCCCGCAGGAGAUGGUGGACUUUGCAGGUUCUCAACCCAACAUGGACUACUUUCCGUUCAACGAUGAUGACAUGACCCAGGACAGCAUUGUGGAGGAGCUAGUCCAAAUGGAGGAGCAGAUGAAGCUGAAGGGUCUCUUUAGUAGCUGUGUCGAUGUGUCUUUACAAGGCCAGUCAGCCAGCAGUCAAGGCUCUAUCCUAAAUGCUCACCAGGCCGGCACUACCUUCUUCCACUCUGCCCACAGCAGCACCACUCCUGUCCAGACUCCCACUCCAACACCCACACCAACUCCGACUCCCACCCCCACCUCUGAAAUGACGCUUGGGCACAGCCUAACAAGAGAGAGUCCCUGCUCCCGCUUGGCUCCCAUCACACCUGUGGAUGGAGCCAUGGGUCGCCACACCCCCAUCAGCACGCCACUGUCCAACUGCAGCAGCAGCGUCCCCCCAAGCCCAGUGGAGUGCAGGAACCCUUUUGCGUUCACUCCUAUUAACUCAAGCAUCACAGGUUAUCACGACGCCAGUAUUGUCUCCAGCAGCCCUGUGAAGCCAAUGCAGAGGCCAAUGGCAACACACCCUGACAAGGCCAAACUGGAGUGGAUCAACAACCGCUACAACAGCAACUCUGCGGGUCCGUUGCCCAGCCAUAGCAUUGGCAUCCUGCCCAGCUACCAAGACCUGGUAGAUGACCAGUUUCGUAAGCCACAUGCUUUUGCAAUUCCUGGCCAGUCAUUUCAGGCUCAGUCGAGACAGGAUGCUGCUCACUUUGGCCGUUUGACGCCCAUUUCACCGGUGCAGCAACAGCAGCAGCAGCAACAGCAACAACAACAACAACAGCAGCAGCAGCAGCAGCAGUUGGUAACUACUCCUACUAAACAGGAGAGUUUUGCUGUGCCAGCACCGUUAGACAACAAGGCAUCCACCUCAUCUGCAUCCAGUACUUUCCGUUGCCGCAGUGUCAGUCCUGCAGUGCGCCAGAGAAACUUCAGUGGCAACACGGGCCCUCUAACCACCACCACCAAUUCAACCACCACCACCACCUCCACCCGAACCGUGGUUUCACCCUUUAACUCCCCCAUCACCUCCGAGGUGCUCAACAUCCUGUCCAACAGCCAGACAGUCGGCUCUGUCCACAGCAUGGUUCAGCGUAGCCAGUCUGUGCCCCUGAACAUCAUGAUGCAGAGUGAGAUGCUGCCUGUGCAGGGUCAGAGUAACACCGCCAAAAUCACCAACGUUCUUCUCAGCAAGAUGGAGGCUGACGGGGAUGAUUCUGUCCGUGGCCUGGGUAUUAACAACCUCCCCUCUAACUACACGGCUCGCAUGAACCUCACACAGAUCCUGGAGACCACUCCUGGCUUCGCUGGGGGAACAGCUCACCAGACUCAGCUGCCUGUUAGCUCCAGCCCUGCUGCCUUUGAGCUCCAGCAGCAUGGCUACCUCACCACCAGCAGUGGCGAACAGGUGAGUUUCCCCACUGGGGACAGCCAAGCACAAGCAGGUCCUGGUGAGCAAGACCAGCAACAGCAGCAGCAGCAGCUCCAGGAGAAUCCUGUGCAGACACAACCACAGCUCCUCCUCCAGAGCACACAGCAGCAGGAGACAGAGGACGAGCAACAGCAGCUGGAUUUCAACAACACUGUCAAGGACUUGUUGGGGGACGAUGGCCUCAACCCCAGUUCCCAGUUGGUGGGUCAGGUAGCUUCGGAGCUCAACGCUGUGGCGUCUGACUUCUCAAACGACAUCAGACUGACCUCAGAUCUGUCCAGUAGCAUCACUGACCUUAACACGUUGGACACCAACCUGCUGUUUGACCCUAAUCAGCAGCAGGAACAAUAUGAAGACUCAACACUGGAAGAACUGAAGAACGACCCGCUUUUUCAGCAGAUAUGCAGUGAUACUGUGAACUCUGGCUUUGACUGGCUAGAAAGCAAAGACCAGCCUACUACAGUAGAGAUGCUGGGCUAAUGUUAUCUUUUACUCUGUAUGAUUUCUGUUUUCUGUUGUUUGUUUGGUGCGUAUGUAGUUUAUCUGUUUUUAAACUAUAGUUUGUCGGGAUUUGUCUGGACUUUGCCAUUCGUUCUGUUAAAAGUGCCAGGCUUACCAGAAAAUCUCUCCUACUGACAUUUAGUUACUUCUCUCCUUUUUCAUCCGUCACACUCGUCGGUUUCAGUACUUAACCACUUCUCUCCCUCAUCUGGAAUUAGAGAUGUAAGCAUUUCAAGUAAAAAAAGUGUGAGUACGUGGUGGCAGCAUGCACUUACAGAGAGCAGGUUUGUAUGGUAUGAACAUUAAGACAAACAUAAUCUUCCAUGUUAUAACCAAUCAAUAAUGCAAUAUUUGUAUUUAACGAACACAUAAUGAAAGAAGGAGAUGGGUAGGAAAUUUGGCACAAAAGACCAAAAAAAAAAAGUAUGCUGUUGUGUACUAUUUUCAGUGUGUGCAGUUCAAGUUCAACCAAAUGGAGACAAUAUUGGGAUUGUAGUAUAUGCACAUAAUAGUUGUAGUACAUUUGCCUGCCAUAUCUGAAUAUUAAAAAGGGUAGCAUCUUGUGCUGCCAGGUGCUGAAUUUAUGACAUAAUCUUUAUACUUUAUCAUAUACCAAAAUCAGUGGAACGCUGAUUCACAUCUGAGCAUUGUCCAAGAGUGAAAUUUUCUUAAAGCCUAUACUUCUUGUACUGUUUAAUAUCUUAUAAAGGGAGUAGAUGAAUCAGUAGGGAGAAGAUGGGAAUUCAGGCCACUUUGUGGACUAUACACGGAAAGGAAUCAACAACUGGCUGCCUUAUUCCCAAAGUCCAAGGCCUUAUGCCAUCUGUAGAGAGACUGUAUAUAGUAUAAUGUUAAGAAUCUUCAGAACCAUCCAGAGCUUCAUCAUAUCAAGGCAGCUGUUACUCUGAUAUUUUCAGUACUCUUUCUUAUUGUUUUUGUUUUGCAGUGUUACAAUAUAGAUGCGUAUUGUAUAGGCUAACGACUACACUGUGUGUGCCCUUAUCAGUAAUGGAUUUAGAGGAAUUUGAUAUGCUGUCCAUAAACCAUGGCAGGCACACUUUCAGUCAUGAGAUUCUUUUCUUUUUUUGUUUUGGCAUGCUAUACUCCCAGCUUGGAUAAGAAUAUCAAUGGUAUGGAGAAGGCUUAGUUACAUAGAAAGCUAGAGGCUGACAUUUAUGUUUUGACGUCAUCUUGGGAUCAAGAGGAAACAAAAUUAUGUUUGUGGAGAAUCCAGCCUUAUUUCCAUACCAAAGAUGAUCUGUUUGAAUAACGCAAGAGAUUAUUACAUAUAGAAACACUCCUAGUAAACAUUAACAACAACAACAACAACAACAACAACGAGAAACGGGCAGCCUCGGAGAUAUAAAAGAGUUUUAUUGCAUUUGAGGAAAAAUGGUUAAGUUGCGUAAAUCUUAUGUACAGUAUGUAAAUUUGUGAAAUGGUCACUGUCCUAUGUUUUAUAGGUAACCAUGGACCUGAAAGCAUGUUGAAACCAUCACUGCUAGCCAGGUAGGCUAUGUGAUACAGUAGGAUGCUUGCUUGAGUUUUUGGCUAUUGUCAAUGUUGUAUAAGUCAUGUUUAAGCUCCAUCUGUAAAUAGGAUAGAUACAUAGAGAUUUGAUGUAUCAAGACACUAUAUUAUGGCCAUUAUUCUAGCUAAGUAUGUGCCAUUUAAAAGAAAAAAAAAGCUUAACAGAUCUAUAGUCGGCAAGAUACUGUAUGUUGUGUGUUACAUUUCUGGCUCAAUGUGUCGUAAAAGUAAUGCUGUCUGGUCUCGCUUGCUGAUUUUAUUUUACUUUUUUUCUAUUCAAAGAUAAUAGGUCUCUGCAGUUGCAGAAGUGAUGUGUGCUUUGAGCAGGAUCAAUAGCAUGGUAUAUUGAGAUUAAAAAAAAAAAAGUUGUGAUACUGUUAGCUGGUUGCAAACAUCUCUGUGACAGACAUUGUGCUCAAAGCCUUUCAGCAGACACUGGAAAAAAAAAAUUACUCAUGUUUCAACAAACUUUGGAGGUUCACAUUAUUGCACUAAAUUUUUAUGACAUGGCUUUGCCACAUCUUUAUGGACAAAUGUAAUGAUGGAUGCCCACAAAAAAAAGACAAAAAAUAUUUUUUAUGACAAGAUGAGUAGGGAAAUUAACUGUCAGAAAAUGACUAAUUGUCUUGUAGCAAAAUGUGCAUUAAUCUCAGUGAGAUACACAUUUCUUACUCAUUCUCAUACAUGAGAAUAUAAAGCAUUGAGGGAAAAAAAAGUUCAACAACCUUUUAAAACCUACAUGCUCAUUAUGUUGAUAAAUGAUUGUACGCACGCAUGUGUGAUGACUUCUGUUGUACUUUGUAUUCUUGGUAACCACUGUCUUCUGUGAUUUGGGCAGGUUCUGUUAACCAGACUGGCAGUGCUAGUUUCAUGAGUUACAUUACUUUUGUUGUGUGCUGUUUACUAAGUUAAUGUUGUUCUAUAUGUUCUGUUGAUGACUGUUUUAUGUUGAUUUUACAUAUUCCUAUUUUGCAAGAUGCAUUUGUGAAGAAAUUUAACAUUUUCUUGUAACCUUUUCUUUAACAAAAAGGCACUGAUAUUUGAAUUUGAAUGAAGGAAAUGCACCUCUUUAUGAGUACAGGAGCUCCAUCAAGCAGUGACUCUGAUUCUUUACCUUUGACUGACCCAGAACCAACUCUGUUUGACUAUCUUGUCCAUUUCUACCAGUAGAAAAAAAAAACCCUCCUCUGUGGUGUUGUCUGGUGUACUGCUUAAUGUACAGUAGCUUGUUAAUAUUGCAAACGCGUUGUUUCUUUUUUCAAUGGAAAGUACUCACUGGUGAGAUUUUUAAAGUGGUUUUAAAAGCCAAUAAACCUUUUUUAAAGAAU